AAACAACAAAAGAUUGAAAACCAAUAAUAUGGCUGAUAACACACUUAAGUCUGCCCCUGAAUCAAGACAUUCAUCUCCUGAUAACAUAAAAGAGGUCAACGGUGAUUUGUUUACAUGUCCUAAAACUCACUCCCUGGCUCACUGCAUUAGUGCUGAUGUUAAGAUGGGCAAAGGGAUUGCUGUAAGGUUCAAAAAUGAAUUCAGUGGUGUUACUGAGCUUUAUAAUCAAGGUCAGAGACCUGGGGGUCUGGCUGUACUYAAAAGAGGUGAUAGGUUUAUCUACUACUUGGUCACUAAAGAAAAGUAUUGGGAGAAACCAACUUACGAUACAUUGUGGAGUUCGCUGAGAAAGAUGAGGGAUCACAACAAAGACAAUGGGGUAACAAAUAUCUGUAUGCCGAAGAUAGGGUGUGGUCUUGACCGGUUAAAGUGGCAUGUAGUGCUAAAAAUGAUUCAAGAUAUUUAUUCGGAUUUAGAUAUCCAAAUAACUAUUUACCAUUAUGAAGAUGAUAAGAAAGGAGCAGGCAAGGAAAGAGCAAACCCAAGGAAUUCUGGUGGUCAUGAGCAAGCUUGGUCAAGAGGUCAGUCUUCAAGCCGUCGUAAUAGGCCUGGAAACGGACCUGGAUCUGAAACAAGACAUUCAAGUGCGCCUCACGGACAAUCGUUUCAAAGAGAAGGACAUUUUCGUCAAGCGGGGUCAGCAAAACAGCCUUUGCGUACAGAAGACAAUCGAGAAUAUGGACCAGCACCUCCAUAUCAUUCUCAGAAAGGAAAUGGAAGACAAACAAAUAUUCCCGAUUUUGCAAGGAGCCAAACAGCUUCUUGUACAGGAAAAGAGACAUACCAGGAAGAGUUUCCAGGUCUUAACGCAGGAAAAAGUAUACGGCAAGACGAAGAAACCUGUAGAGAGAACGAUAAAGAUCUUGCAAGAAGAGACCUGCAAAAACAGGAGUCAAAACAUAUAAGCAAAACAAAACUGACUGCUGCUAGUUUUCCCGUGAAGAUAAACAGAGAAUCCUACCAGUCAGGUCGGCAUGGUCACGAUGGUUAUGAGAGGUCAGAGGUUGAAAGAAAGGGAAAUGAUGGUGUAAGAAAGGACAAAAGAGAGGACGAUGACGAUACAAGAAAAGUUGAUGGUCAAAGUAAAAGACAGGAGAAAGGAAGGGAUAGUGACCAACGUCAAAAACUCGAGAGCGGAAACCAAAAGGCAAGUAAGAAGAGUAGACAUAAUGAAAACUACCGAAAGAGAAAGGAUGAUGACGAGGGUCAGAAGACGAGAGGUGGCAGCAAAGAACGAAGAAAGGAAAGCCAUGAUGGUGUAAGAAAGGAAAAAAGAGAUGACGAUGACGAUGCAAGAAAAGUUGAUGGCCAAAGUAAAAGACAGGAGAAAGGAAGGGAUAAUGACCAACAUCAAAAACUCGAGAGUGGAAACCAAGAGACAAGUAAGAAUGGUAGACAUGAUGAAUAUGGGAAAAGAAAGGAUGAUGACGAGGGUCAGAAGACAAGAGAUGGCAGCAAAGAACGAAGUAAGGAAAACCAUGAUGGUGUAAGAAAGGACAAAAGAGAGGACGAUGACGAUGCAAGAAAAGUUGAUGAAAAUCAAGACAAGCAUAGCAAAAGCCAAACCUACACCAAAAUAGAUGAUCUUUCACAAGAUAAAAGUGAAACAGAAAAAGAACAAGGGAAUAAGAUGAAUAUCAAAGAAGGCAAAUACAAAGAAGACGACAAAAUUAGUGGCACUCAAAACCAAUCUCACUCAGAAUGCAAGAAUUCAGACGAUGUAAGUUUAGCAUCAGCUAAUGAAAGUGCAGUGCAAACUCUACCAAGUCAUGAAGGAGAUUGUGAAGAUGACGGGGAACACCCAAGUGGAUCACAUGAUGACGUGAAACGAUCAAAGAAAAAGAAAAAGAAGAAAAAAAAGAAAAAGAAAAAGUCGAGUGAAUAAUACUGAUAUUGUAAAGUUAAGAAGGUCACGCUUGGAUUGUAAAACUAACCAGCAAGGAAUGACUUUCAUUUAAGAAUUUACUACAUUUAUUGAUUUCAGUUUCUUACGAAGUCGUGAUUUCGUACACUUUUCUUGAUUUGUUGUGGCGUCCCGACUAAUUUUUUUCUACAACUUUUAUUACAAUUAUUAGAGUCUUCCGAUUUAGAGAUAUUGUAGGGCAAAGUAGGCAAAGCUAAUCUUGCAUUGCUGUUGGGGUAACCUUGCUGGCUGGAGUCAUAGUUCCAACUCACAUUAGCUACCGUUGCUAUGUCCCACAAGCUCAGCAAUUAGCUAGAAUAUCUCCGAAUUUAAAACCCUGCUAUUGAAAAAUUGAUUAUAAACUGGUUCAAUGGACUAAAUCCACUUGGGCGUAAAGAUUUGCCAAUUUCAGACCAUGUGUCACUCUCUAGAGAAUAAGAUUCUUUGAGUCGUACAGAAUGUAUACCAUAUAUCCGUGAAAAAGUUUGUAAGAAAUUAGUAUAAGUUCAGUAGACUUCAGUAAACCGUAGACCUACAAAAUUUUGCACUAAUUUGUACAAUUUUGUUAAGUAACUCUCUUACGGAUAUAUGGUGUGCACUCAUGUGUCUUCUCAUGUACAAACGUUAAACAAAGAAAUAAUACUGUAGAGAAUGACCCGUGGUCUAAAAUGGGAAAACAGUGGAUUAGGUCUAUUUACUAUCCUGUGCAAAUAGACUACAAGAGAAUUGUCUCGUAAUCUCUGCAGUGCUCUUUAAAACAGAUACGGUGAAACUAUUUAGUAUUUAAUGUCAAAAUUUUUAGUACAAAGUUUUGUAGGUCUAUUGUCUUCUAGAGUGACCACAGUAAAUCCGUGAAGCUUUAGUAAUACUAAAUAGCACAAUUUCUUGCAAAUUCCAUUGUUUUCUAUUGUUUGACUAGCACUAUUUUGUACUAUUUAGUAAUUAGUGUUUCACGGAUAUACUGUGGCCACUCUAAAGUCUACUGAAAUUACAAUUUUUUGCACAUUUGCGCUAUUUCUUACAAAGUUUUUCACGGAUGUAUGCACACUUUGACCUGGGGUAAUUAAAUUACGUCAUCGGUUUUUGCGUCACUAGUCGUUGCCAAAAAUACUCUUCAAGGACACAAACGAGUAAGAGCAGUUUUUGCAUGAUUGUGAAGAGCUCAGUUCCGUAAGCUUGCUUUGUCGUGACUGAUUGGCUGAUUUUUUUUCUUGCGCAAUGUGAUUGGUUAGGCACUGCCGUGACCUUGACGUGACCUUGUCCGUCCGUAUUUGAUUGAAUGGAGAGUAAAUUCUCGAGCAAUGUGA